AUGAACCGGUACCUUUUCAGACUGUACACUACUGCUGGUGCAGUCAACACGAAGGUGAUAAAUUUGAAGAUACCCAUACCGAAUAUAGCUAGGGCUACCAAACGACUGAAUGGCUCUAGUGAGAAGUCAACAAGCGAGGCUAAUGAGCUAUUGAAUCGAUUUAUAAUAGAAAAGAGCAAAAUUGAGUCAAAAAGUGGCUCUAUCAACCAGUACAGAAAGAAGAGCAUCAAAAACGAAAUGGACGAGAACACGAAACGGAAAAUACAUGACUUGGUAUCGAACUUUAAGCUAACCGAGAACGAUCGACUACCUUUGGUGAAGCCCAAGUCCGUCACUGGUUCACCGUACUACUUUUACACUCACAAUAACGAGGAUAAGUCCAUAGUGGAGAAUCCCAGAAUAUCAGUCACCAAGUUGUUGACUAAGCUGUGGUGUGAAUUGCGAGAGUACUACGACAUCUACGCGGGCUCCAAGAAAAGGAAGUCAACAGUGGAGAUCGAGAAGGGAAAGAAACACCACGAGGUACUUGAACUAGAAGCUCACCCCAUAAUAGACGUAUCGACGGUAACGCAAGAAAUUCUUCGGCGUGUACUGUUAAUUCAGGCUAGGAUGCUGCUAGAGGAAGAACAUGCCCUCUCGGCCGAGCCAGAAAGGUUAAAGGAACUACAGGCAAACAACGAAGCUAUAUUGAAAUUGAUAGACGGUUCAGAGGAUACUAAUAAGCUAGCUGAAGUUUGGGUUCAUGACAUAAUGGAGAAAUUGUAUUCCUUAUUCACUAUGAGCCAUGCCAGAGAGGUACUUGUGCACUCUUAUAUAAAUCUCGAUAGUCAGGGCAUGGUGACCAAAGCUGAGACCUUGAGAAAAGAAGAUAUUCUAGUCAGUGGGAUUAUAGACUUAAUAGAACUUGUCCCGACAGACUCUAACUCGACCGAGUUUGCGUUGUAUACUGAUAUAGAGAAUUGGAUAAGAUUCGAAACCGAAAAGGAGAUCAAUGGACUUCCAAUGAUUGAUUUGGAGAAAUUCUUGGCGGUGGUUGGCGAAUACGUUCAUGGUGAAUUCAAGAAUGCUUAUACUCUCAAAAUCACCGAUGUAAAGACAAGGUCUAGGAAGCAAAUCCCACCCCAGCUUUCUGUGGUUAACGCCGCCAAACAACAAGUAUCUUGCUACAAAGACUACUUGGACAUCAUGAGCAAUACUAGUUCAUACAGAAUGCUUUUGGAAAAUGCAACGAGGCGGCAUUGUAACAUCGAUGAGCCCAUUGGGCUUAAAACUGUGAUAAAGAUGCUCCGAACUAGCAGCUCCUAUUUGUUCGAAGACUUCAAGAAAUUAGCCAAUGGGGAACCAAUUGGGUUCAAGGAAUAUGACGACUUCGUGAAAGAAAAAUACUUGCUGCAACAUAGUGACAAAGCUGUGUAUUACGACUUGGCAGCUUUACUUGAUAAAAGCCCGAUUGAGCUGGACCCUGAUUUUGAGUAUACCGAGUUAGUUGAACCUUUACUUAAGAGGUGGAAAAUUCCGCUCACACUUCGCUAUUUUGCUGCUCGAUCUGGUCAAUUUUAUUCACUACUUCUGCCCUAUCUUGUGAAACCUUUGGUUACUGUCGAUUACCACUAUGGUGGAGAAAGUUUCCGUGAAGUCAAGUUUGAAUUCAAUGAGUCAACUUACAAUCAAAAUUUGCUAGACUCUAUCAGUUUUUGGAACGGGUCGAGGGCACCACAGCCUGUUGACGACCUUUCAAAGUGCAAUUAUUGUGAUUUCAAAGGAGUUUGCUCCAUCCCAAAUCCACAUUUAUCUUUUUCAUUGGGUAAGCAUAUAAAGCAGUUGACUAGUUAA